AAAAUAAAGAAAUAUUUAUAAAAUGGAGAUUGCCUUAAAGGCGAGACAUUAUAAAAGCGUAUUGCAAAUAUGUUAAGACAUUUAGUACAAAGAGGUGCCCAAACGAGCGCAUCACUCAGAAGAAAAGCUUUUAAAUUUAAAGGCCGAAAUUUAAUUUUCUAAAAAUUUACUUCAGUACAACUCAAUGUUAUUCCUCCAGCUCCUCAAUUUAAACGCCACACACUUUCCUUACGCCCACUUGGCGGACAAACGCACCCAAAAGUGGUUGUUGGUGGAAUCUUUCGGGGAUGUGUUGGCGCUGGUGACUUUGUACUUGCUCUUGGUGCGUUAUCUGCCGCGCUGGAUGGAAAGACACAAACCGCUACAACUGAAGCCAUUGCUCUUGCUCUACAACACUCUGAUGGCCCUGCUGAACGCGCACAUUUGCAAGGAGUUGCUCUUCAAUGGUGUUCGCUUGAAAUAUAAUUUCUGGUGUCAACCGUGUCGGGAAUCACACGCAAAGGAGGAGUUGAAGAUUGCUGCCGCUGUUUGGUGGUUCUAUUUCUCCAAGUUGCUGGAGUUUUCCGAUACGAUUUUUUUUAUUUUACGCAAAAAACGCACGCAAUUAACAUUUCUUCAUGUUUACCAUCAUGGCACCAUGUUUCCGCUAUGGUGGAUCGCUGUCAAGUGGGUGCCCACCGGUUCGACAAUUGUGCCAUCGCUGAUAAAUUCUUUCAUACACAUAAUUAUGUACAGUUAUUACGGAUUAAGUGCUCUGGGUCCUAACGUUCAAAAAUUUCUCUGGUGGAAGAAAUAUCUCACGACCCUGCAAUUGUUUCAAUUCGUGUUCGGUGCCGCCUGGUCCACACAAGCCAUUGUCAGAGGAUGUGAUUUUCCCACAUGGAUUAAUUACACAACCAUUCUUUAUAUGGCUUCCUUACUUUUUCUUUUUGGACAA